CAGGACUUUUGGAAAAUUCCCAACUUACACUCCAUUAAAAUGGGCAAGUCCUCGGAGGCCCACAUUUGCCAAUGCCUCAGCCUCCUAUCAACUCUCCGGCGCAAUUCCGUCGUCACUGUCAGUCGCAACCGGAGAAAGACCGGCGAGGAAUUCGUGGAGAGUGUCAUGGGUCUGGCCCAAGGCCUGCUCCAACUGGGCCUCGGCCCUGGCGACGUCAUCUCAAUUGCUGCCUUCAACAGUGAGUUGUAUUUGGAGUGGUUACUAGCCGUUGCAUUUGUUGGUGCCAUAGCUGCUCCUCUUAAUUACCGAUGGAGCUAUGAAGAGGCAGUUUUGGCAAUGGAGGUAGUGAGGCCAGUAAUGUUGGUGACUGAUGAAAGCUGCAUCCCCUGGUAUUCUAAGCUCCAACUUCAUCAUAUACCUUCUCUGAGGCGGCAUGUUUCGUUGGAUUUGCCUUCCUCGGAUUUCUUAAGGACUUCAAGUAAUGUGUUAAGUACUGAAACGAUUAAAAAGGAUUCCGUAGGGGACGCCCAAUUAAAUUUCUCCUGGGCACCUGAGGGGGUUGUGAUGAUAUGCUUCACUUCUGGAACCUCUGGAAGGCCAAAGGGAGUUGCCAUAAGCCACUCAGCUUUUAUCAUACAGUCCCUAGCAAAAAUUGCCAUUGUUGGCUACGGUGAGGAUGAUGUUUAUUUGCAUACAGCUCCAUUGUGCCACAUUGGUGGUUUGUCAUCAGCCCUAGCAAUGCUAAUGAUUGGGGCACGCCAUGUCUUGAUUCCUAAGUUUGAGGCUAAAUCUGCCCUUGAAGCCAUAGAGCAACAUAAGGUUACUACUCUCAUCACCGUUCCUGCAAUGAUGGCCGAUUUUGUUCUCAAAUUCAGGGGGAUUGAGACAUGGAAAGGCAUGGAGAGUGUGAAGAAGAUCUUAAAUGGAGGUGGAGGUUUGUCAAGCGAACUUACCAAGGCUGCCAUCAAAUUGUUCCCACAAGCUAAGCUCCUCUCAGCUUAUGGGAUGACGGAGACAUGCUCUUCAUUGACCUUCAUGACCCUGUAUGACCCGAGGAUUGAUGGAAGAAAAUUGCAGCUAGUUCACCAAGAAAGAGGUAUUUGUGUUGGCAAGCCUGCUCCUCAUGUAGAACUAAGGAUCUCUGGGGAUGGCUCUUCUCAUGUGGGGAGGAUCUUAACCAGAGGCCCACAUGCGAUGCUUAGAUACUGGCAAGGAAGUCCACCAAAUGCAUCAGUUUCAGGCGAUGAAGUAUGGCUUGACACAGGAGACGUUGGCUCAAUUGACGACUCUGGUAAUGUGUGGCUUAUCGGACGAGCAAAUGGUCGAAUCAAGAGUGGAGGGGAGAACAUUUACCCUGAAGAGGUGGAGAGAAUCCUAUUACAACAUCCAGGGGUAAAUGGUGCUGUUGUGGUGGGAAUUCCAGAUGCUCGCCUCACAGAGAUGGUUGUGGCUUGUGUUCAAAUAAGAGAAGAUUGGCAGUGGAUAAGUACAAGUAUCAGACACUCAGUCUCAAAACAAAUGCUUCAAAUGUCCAGUGAGAUCCUUUGCCAAUUUUGUAAAGAAAAUAAUUUGACCGGGUUUAAGAUACCAAAAGUAUUCAUUUUAUGGAAGAAGCCAUUUCCACUGACGACAACUGGAAAAAUAAGAAGAGACCAAGUCCGGGGAGAGGCUAUAUCUCAGCGGCAAUAUAUAAUUAGCAAUCUAUGAUUUUUUUCAGAUAAUAUUUUUUGGUAGUGUGUACGAUUCUUAAAUUCAUAUGCCGUGAAGAUUCAUCUGUACCCAUUUAAAAGUUAGAUUUUUGGUUAUGGUAAUCAAUCUGUAUUCCCCAUUGUUGCCUUAGGCAAAAGCCAAAUCGAGAGAGAGAGAGAGAGAGAGAGAGAGAGAGAG